ACCCACCCCCUUCCCCUUCGCCUCCUUCCCUUUCUCUUUUUCUUUCUGUUUCUCUUCCUUUUUUUCUCUCUCUGCUUUUUGCUUAAGCUUUUUACACACCAAACCAUUCACUCAUUACUCUCCUUCUCUCUUCCCACAAUCAUAUAUAUCCAAACCCCACAUUCUUCUCUCCACACCCAAAUUUUCACUUCCUCUGCUUCUCUUUCCGAAACCACCUCGUCGCCUUUCCGAAAAACCGGAAGAAAAAAAAAACAAUCUUUUCAGCUGCAGCAUUAUAAAGUUUCAGUCUUUGGUUACCAAUUGACAAUUUGGCGAUCAUGGAGAAUGAUUUUUUCCUAAAUGCCGGAAUCCCAUCACCGCUUCUCUUAGAACAAGCAUCCUCAAUGCCGGCAUGGCGGUCUUCAUUCUCGACCGCCGUGGACAUCCAGGCCGCUGCCGUGGACCAAAAUUGCUCUUUGGAGCAGUCCCCGGACUGCUUCUACAAUCCCAACUGGGACAACAAGUCAACCGACCAGAACAUCCACUUCAAAUCAGCCCUGAGUUCAAUGGUGUCAUCUCCGGCGGCGUCCAACUCCAACAUCUCCAACGAGAGCUUCGUGAUCAGGGAACUGAUCGGAAAGCUCGGAAGCAUCGGAAACUCCAACGAUCUCUCGUCACAUUCCCAGUUGUUGCUGGGAAUUCAAAAUUCUUACAUGGGUAGAAAUGGAAAUGCAAGUGCCAACACUUCAUGCUACAGCACCCCGUUGAACUCGCCGCCCAAGUUAAACCUGCCCGUUCCGGAUCACCAUUUGAAGAAAGAAAAGCAACCCAAUUUAGCAAACUCCAUGGCCUUGAAUUCCAGCAUGGCGGAUUUCUCUGCCGACCCUGGAUUCGCCGAGAGGGCGGCGAAGUUUUCAUGUUUCGGAAGCAGGAGCUUCAAUGGCAGAACAUCACAGCUGGGAACGAAUAAUAACAACAGUACUGAACAACCGCCGUUUAGAUCCCAUCCCGCAGCGGGAAAUGGCGGCAAGCUUCCUCGGGUUUCGAGCAGUUCGUCGAUUAAGGCACUCGGAUCUCAGACGAGUAUGCAGGAAAAGAUGCGUGCUCUGCUGCAGGAUCGGAGUGAACUCCCCAAUUCCCGAGAGGAAUCGACGAUUUCUGAGCAGAAACCAAACGGGGAGACCAAUUCCAUGGAUAUGAAUUCUAGGAAAAGAAAAUCAGCUUCCAAAGGAAAAGCAAAGGACCAUAAUCCUCCUCCAAUAUCCCCAUCUCCAACUUCCACAAAGGGGGCUGAAGUUAACGAAAAUUCUAAUGCAAAGAGAAGCAAGCCAAGUGAAAACAAUGGGAAUGACCAAAAUGGGUCUGUGAAAGCUGAGGAGGAUGCAAAGGGAAGCACCAGUUCUGAUGAGAAGCAAACCAAGACUGGUCCAAAGCCACCUGAGCCUCCCAAGGAUUAUAUUCAUGUAAGAGCAAGAAGGGGCCAAGCCACUGACAGCCACAGCCUUGCUGAAAGGGUAAGAAGAGAGAAGAUUAGUGAAAGGAUGAAGCUUCUUCAAGAUCUUGUGCCUGGGUGCAACAAGGUGACUGGAAAAGCACUUAUGCUUGAUGAGAUUAUAAAUUACGUGCAGUCAUUACAACGCCAAGUCGAGUUUCUCUCCAUGAAGUUGUCUUCUGUGAACACCAGACUGGAUUUCAACAUGGAAACCCUAAUGUCAAAAGAGAUAUUUCAACAAAACAAUGGCUUGCCACAGCAUCCAAUAUUCCCAUCAGAUUCCUCGGCACAAGCCAUUUAUGGACACCAACGCCAGCAAAAUCCAGCACUUUCUAAUGGGGCAGUGGACCCCUUGGAUAAUACCUCACCGUGCCAAAGCCUUGGGAUGCAAUUACCUCCUCUCAGUGGUUUUAGUAGUGAAGGCAUUCCUCAGUUUCCAGCAUUUGGUGAAGAUGAUCUGCAUACCAUUGUUCAGAUGGGUUUUGGCCAAAAUCCAACCAGAGAAUCAGAAUUGCUUGGUUCAAAUCAAGUAUCGCACAUGAAAAUUGAGCUCUGAUCGCCAUUUUGUCAGUCCAUAAUAAUGUGGACAGAGGGGAUGUUAUUGUAAAUACAAGAUAUAAAAAACAUUUGAAGAUUUGCAUGCACUGUGCUGAUACCGAGCCUUUUAUCCAUUGCUUGGUACCAAACCCUUGACGUCUAUUCUAUUCAAAGAGAAAUAUUUGGUAGGGCUGCAUGAUUAGAGCAGCUUUCACAGUGAUUGGGAUUGCUUGGAGUCGGAUGGAAUUUCAUAUAAGAAAAUCUCAUACUUUUAUGAGAGGUGUCUUAAAGAUGAAGUCGUCGCGCAUCCCAACCACAAGAUUUUCUCCUAUUGGAGAGCCAUUAAUUUUUCUGUCUUCCUUUCAUCUUCGUUUACUCAAUGUAAUUUCUUGUUCCAAUUUUUUUCCUCUUUUGGGGAGAGCUGUUUUAUCCACUGUAAAAUCCCAGAAGCAAUUUCUGUAAGAUAACAAUGCUAAUUAAUUUAUUAGAGGGAAGAGCUUUGUCAUCA